GGAGAAGGCGGGAGCGCGCGCGCGCGCAAGGAUGUCCGUUACUGCCAGGCUGCGCGCGCGCGCCUAGCGAGGCAGGCGAGAGAAGAGUGAGCGCGCGGGGGGGACUGGCGGCCCUCAGAUACCGACGAGCACGAGGCGGUUACCCGCUUCCCUUUCCCGUAAGAAGAGGCGACGCUUCGGCUGCGCCGGCCUCGGAGGAGAAGAGCGUGCGAGAGAGAGACGGUGCGCUUGAGCUCGCCCCUGGGCGAAGCGACCGCGGCGUCGGCUUCGACAUCUUCUAGGCCGCUGUGGGCGGGGCUUAUUCGGACUCGGCCGGCCCUGCCGGGUCCCGCGCGCUUUCAGGAUGUCGGCACAGGCCCAAAUGCGCGCGAUGCUGGACCAGCUUAUGGGCACCUCCCGGGACGGUAAGAAUGAUUGCCUGCUGGUCAGGCUCGGAGAGGGCGGGGGCGCGUCCCCCUCGGUCGCGGGGAAAGAGAGCAGAAGGAGCAGGAAAGGCCUACUGCGAUGAUUGGCAGGUCCUGCGCCGCGGAUCCUUUCUCCUCCUCUUCACGGGCGGGGCUUAAGGCAGGGUGAGAGGCCCCCGCUCGGGAGCCGCCACUACGAUUUGUAAGAGGGACGUGUGUAUGCCGAUGCGGAUGUGCGGGGAGCGGGAGAGGGAUGCAUCCUACUGCGAAGAAGAGCGCCUCUUUGGUCUGCAGCGCACGCAGGGGCAACGUUGGCAGUGAAGUACUCAAAAGGAUAUGGGCUGCACUAGUUAAUUAUUAAAUUCCCCGUGCCACUCUUCAUUUUGGCUCAUCAGUGAAACAGCAGUUCACCUUAUUCUGACCGGGGUAGGGGGGGCAUCAGGUCAUUUCGGUCACUUGUAACUGUCAUAUAUGUUUUGCCUACUGGAGAUCUGACCCAAACCAGCAUUUCAAGUCAAUCCUGUAUAACUAACAUUGCAGAGAAGCAUUUUUAAUAGACAUUUUAGGCAUUGUCUGGAUCUGUUAAAAAUUCUGCAUUUAUGUAUUUUAUUAUAUUUUGUAUUUAUAUCCCACCUUUCCUUCCAAGGAGCUUGAGGUACCAUACAUGGUUCCCACCACCCUUUCCAUUCAUACAACAGCCCUGUGAGGUAGGUUAGUCUUUGAAACAGUGGCUGGCUCAAGGUAACCAAGUGAGCAUUGUGGCUGAGUCAGGAUUUGAACCCUGGUCUCUCAGGUCCUAGUCCAACUCUAUCCACAACACCACACUGGCUCUCCUGAGGAGUUCAUUUGUUUCUAGCUUUUUCCUUUUAAGUUCACUUUGAAAAUCAAUGGUACCUGAAAUAAAACACCUUAGAAGUACAUUCUUUGAAAAGGGGCUGUUUUGACCACAUGUCUCAUAGUAAAAGCAGCAGCAGGAGUAAGCAAAUAUUCUAGUGGCCUGUUCAUAGAUUUGAAUAGAAUUCAAAGCAUUCAUCCAUUAGUGAGCUAAUAUUAGUCCUUACUGAAAAAGUUAUUAUUCCAGGCACACAGUAGGUUAUUGAGGAAGCGAAAAUGUUGAACAGUGAACGUAUUGCUAUAUUAAAAGUAGAUAUUUAUACAUAUUCAGUCUUUUAAAGAUACUUAAAUAAAGUGAUUCAACAACUUGCAUAGGCAGCUUGCUCAGUCUAGGAUUCUAUGAGUCUUUCUUACCGUUUCAUCUAAAUCAGCUAUAAUGUGUUUUGUCCUUGGGGAAAUGAUGAUGAGCUUCUCCUGGCAGCCUUUUAAAGUAUGUAUGUCCAUAUGAGCCCCUAUCCACUUUAGUAUCAUUGGAAUAGCAUCACAUUACAGUACACCCCACCAUAUAUGGGCAUGGUGGGAAGGCUUUUGUGAGAAGUUAGAUUGUGAGAGCAUCCCUACCAGUUUCAGAGUUGGCACACCAAGCAAGUCUUGGGCAAGAAGCAAGGCUGAGAGCUUUAUUAAUUUUUCAAAUUUAUAUUUUUAUAGCUUGGUUGCUUUUCCUAUCUUUUUUCAAUUUUUUAUUUUGUUUGUUUAAUGGAAAGCUGAGCUGUAAGCAUUGUACAACUUAAAAACGAUAAUACAACAGAAAUCCAAUAAAACAGUACUAACAAAAUAUUAAAAAUAUAAAAACAAGAAUUCAGGAAAUUCACACAAAUAAAAUACAGGGUCUGAGAUCAUAGGCCAGGAAGUGUCUGGACAAAGACAUAUGUUUUAACAAGUCGCCUGAAGCAAUUGAUUGUUGCUUCAUGUAUGGCAGAAGGCAGGUCAUCCCAUUGCACACUGACAAUAGCAAUGUCACCAAACUGUGGACUUGGAGUUGGGAUGCUAAGUGUGGAAGUGAAUAUGCUCUACACAAAAGUUCAGAGGUGGUUUCUUUUAAACUAAAAUAAAUUAUGUUGUUGCGCUGUUGCUUGAUCAGGUGAGAGAACUUUCUUAUUUAAAACCUAUGUGUUUUACUUUUUGUCUCUUUCAGAGCAGGGGAUUUGUUCUUGGUCAACUUUCACACAUGCUGGCUGUGUUUUUUAUGCAGAAACUUUUUAAGGGCAAUGGAUGCUGUUGAAGAGCUCUUACCAUCAAAAAGUUCUUCCCAGUGCUUAGUCAGAAUCUCCUUUCUAGUAACUUGAAUCGAUUGCCUUGGGUCCUAGCCUCCAGGGCAGGAGAAAACAAGCUUGCUCCCUCUUCCAUGUGACAGCCCUUUAGAUAUUUGAAGAUGACUAUUAAAUCUCCUCUGUUGACUCUUUACCAGGCUAAACAUACCCAACUCCUUCAGCAGUUCCUCAUAAUGCUUGGUUUCCAGAUCCUUUAUCAUCUUGGUCACCCUCCUCUACACACAUUGCAGCUUGUCAGUGUCCUUAAAUUGUGGUGCCCAGAACUGGACACAGUACUCCAGAUGUGGUCUGAUUAAGGCAGAACAGAGCAGUACUGUGACUUCCUUUGAUUGGGACACUAGAUUUCUGUUGAUGCAGCCUAGAAUAGCAUUAGGUUUUUGUUGUUGCAUCACAUGGUUGACUCAAGUUAACCCCUAGAUCCUUUUCACAAGUGUUACUGGCAAGCCAGUUGUCCCCUAUAUUGGUGCUGCUGGUUCUUCCUACCUAAGUGUAAAACCUUACAUUUGUCCUUAUUAAAAUUCCUUUUGUUUGUUUUGACCCAGUUCUCCAACCUGUUAGGGUCUUUUUGAAUCCCGAUUCUGUCUUAGGCAGCAUUAGCUACCCCUCCCAAUUUGAUGUCAUCUGCAAAUUUUAUGAGCCUCCUCUCAAUUAAUUAAUUCAAGUCAUUUAUAAAGAUGUACAACAACAGACCCAGGAUAGAACCCUGCAGCACCCCACUUGUCACUUUUUCCCAGCGUGAAGAGGUACUCUGCAUGAGCACUCUUUUGGUUCAGUCAACCCAUUACAAAUCCACCUAACAGUAACUUCAUCCAGCCCACAUUUUACCAGCUUCUCUGCAAGAAUAUAAUGGGGUGCUUUGGCAAAAAGCCUUACUGAAAUCAAGAUAACACUAUGUCCAUAGCGUUCUCCUGAUCCACCAAGCUUGUAACGCCAUCAAGAAAGAAAAUGAGACUUGUCUGGCAUGACUUAUUUUUGAGAAACCCAUGCUGAGUCUUAGUAAUCAUAGCAUCCUUUUCUAAGUGGUCACAGCCUGACUGUUUAAUUGUCUGUUCUAGAACCUUUCCUGGUGGUGGUAUCAAACUCACUGAUCAUUAGUUACCUGGGUCUUUUUUCUCCUUUUUAAGAUGGGUACAAUAUUUGCCCGCCUCCAGUCUUCAGGGACCUCGCCUUCUCUCAAAAAGUUCACAAAGAUUAUAGAUAGAGGCUCUGUGAUUACACCCACAAGCUCCUUUAGUACCCUUGGGUGCAGUUUGCCAGGCCCUGGAGAUUUGAAUUCAUUUUAAAGUAUCUAGGUGUUCCCUUACCACUUUUUUCCUAUCUUGGGCUGCAGCUUCCUCCUUACGUAAUUAAUUCUGGUAUCACCAUGUUGGGCACUGCUUUCUUCUUGGGUGAAGACAGGCAAAGUAGAUGUUGAACAGUUCUGCCUUUUCUUUGUCUUCUCCAUGCAGAGAACCUACUACUUGCUUAUUCUUUCUCUUGUUUCAAACACAGCCAAAGAAUCAUUAUUAUUAUUAACCUUUCUUGCAAGCCUGAGCUCAUUCUGAGCUUUGGCCUCCUGACCUUUUCACUGCAGCUUUUGUCUACCCUUUCUUCAUUAUACAUUUUCAGAAGGUUCAUCCAUGAAGGAAAAUUUGGCACAUUAAAUGCAGAAUGAAAUUUUGAAUGGUGGCCAUCAGGGUAAAACUCUUGGUGAACUGCUUAAUUGCCAUUCUGCAUACAGUGGUGCCUCGCAAGACGAAAUUAAUCCGUUCCGCGAGUCUCUUCGUCUUGCGGUUUUUUCGUCUUGCGAAGCACGGCUAUUAGCGGCUUAGCGGCUAUUAACGGCUUAGCGGCUUUAAGAAAAAGGAAACAAACUCGCAAGAACUCACAAGACGUUUCGUCUUGCGAAGCAAGCCCAUAGGGAAAUUCGUCUUGUGGAAUGACUCAAAAAACGGAAAACUCUUUCGUCUAGCGAGUUUUUCGUCUUGCGAGGCAUUCGUCUUGCAGGGCACCACUGUAUUUGCUGCAUAGCAUUUUGAAGUUGCUUUGUUAAGCUACAUUUUAAAGUUAACCUGUGUAAUUGUCUCCUUCUAUGGAGAUGCUUAUAACACUGUAUCUACAGAAUCCCAAUAGUUACAAUGCAGUACAGUAAAACCUCCGUGAACGUCCGCCUCGUCUAGUGUCCAUUCCGGCGAAUGUCAAUUGCAAACCCGGAAGUACUGGAAUGGGUUACUUCCGGGUUUGCCGCUUGCGCAUGCGCAGAAGUGCAAACUGUUCCGUGCGCAGGCGUGGGGCUUUGCCCUGCGUCUUUUUUUGUUAGUGGCUCGGGCUCUGGAACGGAUCCCGGAUGCAAAACAAGGUACAGCUGUACCAAUUAAGCUUGUUCGUGAACUCUGAACUGUCUAUUGCAUUGUUUUAUCAACUUGUAACUGAUUAGCAUCUCUAAACUAUAUAGGAUCCCUUAAAUGGAAGGGAUUCCACUAAUAUUAGUAUUGUAUUUCUAGAAAUAGGAAUGGAGGAGGAAAAGUUAUUGGUCAGUCUGAAAAUAGUAAUUAUCAAAAAGUUGAGAUGAUUAAAAAAUAAUUGUGGAUAUCCUCUUAAGGUCAUACUUGUUCAGAUAUUGAAUAUCCAUAAUAAUACUGAAUAGUUUAAAAUGUAAUCUGAAGAAGCAAAUACACAAGGCAUAUUUAAAAUGACUUUGUAACUUAGAUAUAUUUACUAUGGCCUAACCUGAUUUAAUACUUGCAUUGGUUAUACUUAGAGUUGUAGUGAAAAUGAAAUCUGGUUUUUGCUUUUGGUAUAUGAUGGCCCCCACUGAGUUAAGAUCUGGUGGAUUAUGAAUAAUUUAAUUUUUAGAGAGAGCUGAGUUUUAAUAUCCACGAAAGGUGUAAUUUGUAUAUGUAACAGUUAUCCUCACAGGCUUUUCCUAAAUGAGAUGUCAUAUAAUUAAUUGCUUCCAUCUCUACCAAGUAGUAUAUGGAAAUAUGGUUUGGGCCAGAGACCUUGGGAAAAAAGGAAGCUGCUGUUUCUAAAGAUGAACUCAUGGUUUUGUGAUCACAUACAUUCAUUGCUACAAUUGCAAGAAUAAACCUCUUCAUUAGAACGUUGUAACGUAUAGCAGUAGAUUAGUAGAAGGUUAUUCAUUUUCACUCCAAAAUUACUAGGGGUGCUGGAGUACAGCAAUCAGAUUUUAUCUAAAAUUGUAUUUUAAAUAGCUGAGCAACAUUCUGUUUUUAGUUUGUUUAAAAUUUGGCAAGUCUGUCAUUAAAGAGUUUACUCAUAUGUAAUGAUUUGCAUUUUGAUAUAAGUUGCAGUAAUGGGAAAAACUAGACUUUCUUAUGGAAACAGUUAUAUUUACAAGCAAGUCUGGAAAAAAUACUUCAAAUUCUAGGCAUCAGAAUCAGUGUUUUUGAGCCAACAUCAUAUUAUUUGCUUUCUGGGCAGUCUGGAGGAAAGAGGAGGGAAUAAACAAAACAUAGACACCUAGGAGUUAAAAUAUUUUUCCAGUCAUAGUUUAUAGGAGGCUAUUUUUCACUAAACUCCCCUGAAUAACAGGCUGACACAUUGCUACCAGGCACAAAAUUAUUCAGGUUUCCCACCAUUCUUUACAUUCAACAUGUAUUUCUAGAUGCUGUAAUGAAAAUGCUGGCAGAGUUUAUUAUAUACAAACUGAACAAUCUGGCCCCUUGUUUUAUUUAUAAAGGUUCAAUGUAUCUAUGCCUGCCUACUUCAUUCUGCAAGGGAGUGUCAGAAAGGCCCCGCAUUCGCCGAGCCGUGAGUUAUUGCUAACUUUUCAGAUGUGUUAAUUAAUGUGGAACAACGACUUGUGUCUUUAAAAAGAGAAAGAGGGGAAAACAUAUCAGUUCCUCAAAUCUUCUGCAGUAGCAGGCAUGACUUAAAGAAGCUCUAAAUUUUCAUUAGUAUAAAAUGGUUAAAUUUAUAGACUUAGCUUCUGAAAACCUAUUGUUGAACUACUAUGAAGCCAUUCUAGUUUGUGAAUUACUAAUCUAAUUAUCCUCUUGAUUUCUGAAACAAAUGUUUAAAUGGAAUAGAGCCCAUAUGAAAAUGCUCAAUUGAGUUCUGCAUAGGGCAGAUAGCUAAAACUGAAAAAACAUAAUGGAAUUAUUAAGUCUAGAAUUUUGAGUGUAGAACCACUGCAUAGAUGCACUUAAAGUUGCCUAUUUCAAGUUGAUUGAAAUAGGAUAGUGAUUACAUUUAUAAUAGCAAGCUUCUCUAUCCUCUGAGGUGAAUGAGGUUGGGAUGAAGUUGCAAACGUACCAUUUUCCCAGCAGCUCUCCUCUGCUUCAGUAAUUCACCAGUAGGUUUUCAUUAUACAUAAUUAUAAUUUAAGGGGUAAACUAAAAACAAACAAACACUUGAAUAACUUGAGUUGUAUAACUGCUGCUGCAUCUUUAAACUGGAAAUACCUUUUGCGGGGACCUCAUAUUCAAAUCUGAAAUAGUAACUAUUCCACUGUCCCUUUUCUUGAAGGAAAAUAAAUCAGUAGCCAGGUGUUGAGUUUUCCAUUUAGACCUAAUAUUUCCAACCUUGUUCACAGAUGUGAUUGAUUAGAGUUGCAAUUGGACUUCAGUGUGUGGUAAGCAGGCUGACGUGUUUGUGUUUAUAGAACUCUGUUUGUCAUUAAUGUAGAUGCAGUGUGUUCAGCUUAUGGGGUUUUAGCUGUCUUAAAAUAAUGCUGCUAGGGAGAAUUUUAUUUUUUCCAGUGUUCUAGGUUUAUAAAAACUCUUCAGUAUGUUUGAACCUGCCAAAGUAGGUUGCUGUGAAUGAUGUCUUGAAGAAAUGGCUUCUGGCAACCAGUAGACACUCAAUAAAUGUAUUGUAAAUGCUUGUAAGGCUGUUCAUACUAAUGCCAAGUGCUGUCCACAUGAGCAGGAAUAAAAAUCUGUUGCAUAUGUACUUGUAUUUUUGAGGCAGUUCUCAUUCCAUAUAGUCCUGUUUUUAGCUUUCUUGCAUUAUUUGAGUAUUGUGUGGUACCUAAAAUAAUUACCACAUGUAAUUACCAAGGUUAAAAUAGUAUCAGUUCUUCAGAUUCUAAUUUUUUGCGUGUGUGAAAUGAACAAAAGUGAAACUACACUGGUUUUAGAACAUUAUGUGUCUAAUCAGAAAUGUCUGUUUAUGUGUUACAGGGGAUACUACCCGCCAGCGAAUCAAAUUCAGUGAUGACAGAGUGUGCAAAAGUCAUCUUCUCAACUGCUGCCCUCAUGAUGUCCUCUCUGGAACAGUGCGUAUUUUAUUUUCUACUUUGGAGAUACAUUUUCCUUUGUUGCAAAAAUAGCAUUAAGUAUUAACCAUACAGGUUUUAGCAAUUUCAGGUCCCAGUUUGUCUGAAAAUAUGUAGAGGUGUCAGACCAGUUUAUGGCAUUUCUUGUUACUGAUGUACACACACAUUUACAUAAAUUAUGAGAAUGAUUAAUUAAGAUACUGUGGAAAUGAAAUCCCUAUUGAUGAUUAUGUCUUUGAAAUGAUUGCAGCAGAAACUAAUACAGUGUUGAAUUUUGAAUCAAAAUAUGUUAUAAAACUGGAGCAAAAUAACAUCACUUCCCCACCCCAAACCCAGCAGAACUGUUCUCAUGAUGGUAAAAUAUUUUGAUCUGCCGCCUCCUCUGGAAUAUUAAUUGAUCUGCUAGACCCAAUUUAUUUGCUUUCUUACAGAAUCUCUGCUUUCUUAUCUUGCUGUACUGAAUUAUUCGUGUUGCUAGUUUGCCAUGUUAAGUCACCUUUCCACUGUAUUUGUAAAAUAUGAGUUCUACCAUCUCUUUCCAGUCUUUGUCCAGAUUUCCAAAUAUAUUUUCUCUGUCAACAAGAAAUGAAUGCACUUUGUAAUCAUGCUUAUGUCUAAUUUUAUCAGUUGGAAGUAGGAUCAUGAUGUUGAAUGAAUCAAAGCAGCUUUUAAUUAUGAACCCUCUUAGGCAUUGGUUUUUAUACUCAUUUGAUCUUUCCUUACUCUGAAUGAAAGAAUUUUGCAUGAGUGCCUAAAUUGGAGGUGUCUGACUUUGUAUUCUUGGAGCCUGCGUUCUUUUCCAGACAGCAAUCUAGGGACAUUCUUUGAGGAUUGUUGGGUCCUGUAACGUUGGUAGCAUCUAACAAUCAGGAUUUCAGUUAUGAAGCAUGAUUGGUCAGGCAUAGCAAGAGCAUUCACAUUAAAAUAUAUCUUGUCUUAAAACGUUUUUCUUUUUGCCUGUGGUAUCACUUGUAAAAAACAUAAACCAUACCUUCAUUUACCUGGGGCCAGAUAAAAUUACUUUAGCAACUAGAUCCAGUCUGCAGACUACCACUUGGGCAUCCCUGAACUAAAUUAAGACCACUGCAAACCUAAUUCCAAAUUUCUCAGUUCAGUCUGAAUCCAUGAGCUACAGGAAAUAUACAUGCAGCACAAAUUCUUUUUUGCUGUUGUUCUUCAUCUUGAAAGGUGGACACAAUGAAUACUCUUUGAUAAGCAGGGGUUCAAAUAAAGCUUCCUUAAAAAAAGAAAAAUUCAUAAGAUAGCUGAGUGAUGUUAUAGAACUCCUAAGAGGAUGGAAAGACCAAAUACUAAUCAUAGAGUUGGAACAGACCCCAAGGGUCAUCUAGUCCAAUCCCCAGCAAUAUAGGAUAUUUGAUGCAAGCUGUUAGAAAUCUGUUAGAAGCUUAGUUGCAAAUUUAAGGUAGCGUCUCUUAAGCACUAGUUCCUUCAUUGCUGCUUUAUUGGGAGCUAAACCUUAAUUUCAGUUUGAUAGCUGCUUAGAUAAAAAAUCAAGAAUCUAGAUUUGUCAGUGUGAAUGUGCUUCUAUCAGGAUAAUGAAAUAUUCACUUCUAAGCUACAUUUUCCCACUGCCCUCAUCACACACAAAUUGAUAUUUAACAUUGAGUUGCCAGUGAUCUUUUAGGAACAUUUUUACUUUAUAACAUACUUUAGACUGCAGAUCUGGGGCAUAAUUGAGUCUCUCAUCCUAGAAUUCACUGCACAUAAAAACCUAUGUGUAUAGGAGAAAGGUUUUAGUAUAGCCUGACUUGCUGCCUUUUUAUGUAGGGGACAUUUUUUCCUUGUAAGGGUGGAUUUGAGAAAAUAUAAUAAGGUGACUGUUAGGACCACAGAGUGGGAUGGGGACACAAGAAAAGGUUAAGAGAGGAAGAAAAAUGAAGAAAAACCAGAGGAACUUGCUUCUCCCACCACACAGUAAGUAGCCCAGUUGAGAAGGGGAAAGAGAGUAUUCCUGUUUGUUUGUUUGUUUGUUUGUUUGUUUGUUUGUUUUUAUUUUGAAGAUUUUUAACCCACUGUUCAUUAAAGAUAAUUCCAGAGUAGGAUUUUCAAACUACUGAAUGCUGCCUCAGAUGCUUUAGUGGUCAGCCAAGCUCUGUUGUUAAAAGCUCUUUUUUCCCCUCAAUGUUUGUCUAAAGGCCAAAAUAGGUAUGGUUUGUUAAAACAUUAGUUGCCUUAGAUAGGCAGACCUUCAGGGUCCCAACAACCUCCCAGCAUCCCAAGUUCUGUGGCAAGAACUGUACUCCACAAGGCAAACAAGAAAAGCAAAUCUGAUGGCAUAGGAGCAAAUGGUGUUUGAGUAAGGAAAAGAGUGACAUUGAAUUUUUAUUUACACUUCAAAGAUUUUAUCAUUUUAUAUCCUUCAUUAUCAGAUAAUCUAGGAAUAACAUAUAUUUCUCCUGUGAUCCUUCCCCACUUCCUCCCACCUAUGUUGUAGGCUUUUCUGUCUAACGGUAUUAAAGUAAGGGUACCCUACUGCAUGUCAUGUCAACCAGAGAAAUACAAAUGUUUCAGUUGAUUUCAGGACAGCUGAAAAUCUGUAGUUGCCCCAGUACUGUCCCUCCCACAGCUUGGAGAAAGGGCAAGAUCUUACCUCCGACAUAAUGCUGGCUUUUAAAGGCUCAAAGUGCCUCAAAAGCACUGCAUGAUAUCAGGGACAAAACACCAUCACCCACACAAUUCAGUGAGGCAGGUGGGGGCUUGUCCUCUUGUACUGUGCUUUGGAAGCAUUUGCAGUGUCUGACUUCAGGGACAAUCUCCUCUCAAACUUGCAGGAGAGGGCUCCAUACAGUGGGAUAAUUUGUAGACCUUCCCACCCCAUAUUAAUCACCUUAUCUACAAUAAUUGACCUUCUAAUGCUGGCCUUGGAUUUACAGAACUGAAAGUUCUGGUCACAUACAGGACUUUUAAUAUUUCUUCUUAUAGUGACAGUUUCCAUGCAUCCUGGAAAACACCCCAUGUGACACAAGGGGCUGCUGCUAGAUGGUAAAAUUGAUUUCUUUCUGUCCCCCAUGCAUAUGUCAUAGUACCUUAUGCUUAUGCUUAUAUGGAUCCAAACCUGAUGGUACCUUGGUUUAAGAACAGUCUGGUUUAAGAAUGAUUUGGUUUACAAACUCCGCAAAACCGGAAAUAGUUUCUUGGUUUGAGAACUUUACCUCGGUCUAAGAACAGAAUCCGAAUGGUGAAAGGGCACCGGCAGCGGGAGGCCUCAUUAGGGAAAGCGCGCCUUGGUUUAAGAACAGUUUUGGUUUAAGAACGGACUUCCGGAACAGAUUAAGUUAGUAAACCGAGGUACCACUGUGUUUAAUUUUUCAAAAGUGAACUUAAGCCAAACAAAUUCAAUAAUGUCAGAACUGGUAGCAAUAUCUAUUAGUCUGAAUUGAACAAAAUUGAAAUGUAUGUUGCAGCUGAGCAGAAUCAAACCAAGUAGUGCAGUGUUUUGACUCCAGUUCCCAAAACGCUAAAGAAAAUCCAUGACAAUUAAACAGUCCUAAAUGUUUGCUGUGUAGACUCAGCCUAUAUGUCCUAGCCCCCUCUUUAAGGUUUUUAUACUAAUAUACUGUAACUGUAACUGAAUAUCAAGUACUGUCUAGUUAUGGCUGCAGAGCUGAAAUACUAUAUAAGUCAUUGCAUAGGAAAAAGAAAGGUAGAUUUUAAGGGCUAUACUGGUAGCUAAACUUCCAUUGUUGGAAAAAUAGGAAUGUUUCUAAAGAUAAUGGAUGAUGGUCAACAGAAGUCACAUUCAGUACACCAACUGAAAUCACUAUGAAUCCAUUUAUUUUACUGACUCUACUCAGAGUCUGACUUAGUUGGAUAUCACCCACUGAGUGAGCUUAUACACACAUCUCUAAGAGUAAGUCUCAAUGAAUUCAGUGGGGCUUCUCAGUAGGCAUAUAUAGGAUUUCACUGCUAGCUUCCUUGAAUAUGAGGGGAAAGCAGUGCUCUUCUCUACAUAUCAGGGAUGGGGAACCAUUUCUAGCUCAAAGGCUGCCUUCCCUUCCAGCGGCCAUGUGCCAGUGGUGGGUGGGGUGAGAGGCAAAAGUAUAAAUUACCUUUGUACAUUAGGCUAGUUUUUACACACAUCCUCCAGGCAAGCAAGAAGAAAACAUCCUAGCCAGGUGAAAACACUGGUGGAGGGUGCAAAGUAGAGCCAGCGAGGAAGCGUGUCCUAGGAAGAGAUUUGAAGUUCCCCAUCACUACUGUUUUUUAAUGUCAGGAGGUUAUGUUGUUUGCCCAACCACUAUUUGUAUAAGCAAGAAAAGAGACUACACACACACACACACACACACACACACACACACACCUUUGACUUACAUAUACUGGCCUGGCUUACAUUUUACAUGAAGCCAGCAUUAAAAUAAAAAUUUGGCUUCCACUUGUGGUUUUUGGGAGGGAUGCAAACCAGAUGCCCACGUUGUCAUGUAACAGUUGUCCUGCUACAAAUAGCUUUAAACUGCUGCUGGCUUUAGUUUUUGAAAUUGGAUUAUUUUAUUGUUAUUUUUUAAUUGCAUUGUGGUUUUAAUUAGAAUUUGUAACCUCCUGCCAUCAAAUUAAGCAAGAGGCAUUAUCACAAGGAGACAUUCCAGCAAAGCAAAGUAGUUGAGAAAGGGGCACAGCAAGAUCAUAUGUGGUGUAGCCUAGGGAGAGCCCUGGAGGGGCAUAUUUUUACACAUCACCCAGCCUGAGGUUUCCCACACCAGGCGUACACACACCUUUUGUCUCUUAACUUGGAUCUACUAAUUUAUCAGGAAAAAAUAUACAAGGAUAGGUGGGGAAUUGUACUUAGGAUUUUCUAGUUUUAAAAUAUUAUUAGAAAUGCUGCUAAGACUGCAGAGCUGUUUGGGUGAGGUUCAAACAAAUACCUUUUGCUCUAGUUUGUGAGUAUGGUUAUACUGAGGUUCAUUGAUGUUUCAGUGCAGACUGGAUUUGAUCACUUAUAACAAAUCUGGCAUGCUAAUUAUUUCAAAUAUUGUAUUGUUUUUAAAGUUUGCACAAACACGGUUUGCUUCACAAUAUUGGAGUAGAAUAUGGUUUUAACCCACUAUUUAUCCAGUGUUUCUGUAAAAUUUUGCAUUUAUUUUCAGAGGAUGGACCUUGGAGAAUGUCUGAAGGUGCACGACUUGGCAUUAAGAGCCGAUUAUGAAAUUGCAUCCAAAGAACAAGACUUUUUCUUUGAGCUUGACGUAUGUUUUAUUUUGAAGCUAUUUCUGUCUAAUAAAUGCUAGAGAAGGGAGAAGGAAUGAGACAAGUGCACAGUGCAGUUGUGUUUUUAAAAACUUUUAAUUCUCUAAAGAAUCCUAGUAACUUAAGUGGCAGCUUUUGCAGAAUUAUUUGACCAGUACAUGAAGUGUUGUGAAAUGUUUAUAGUUCCAUAUCCUCAAUACGGAAUUCAUAACUUUUGGCAGUUAUUAAGAGUGGGAGGGGUCGUUGCUAUUCCCCACCCUCCACCUCCAAACUGUCUCUCUCAGAAUAGCAUUUGCCUUUGUACCUUUGACACACACUAAGAGUACACAACCCUUUUUUAAAUGAAGGCAUGGUAGAUGUCAUUUCUUCGCUCCACAUCCCACAGUACCAAUAGCUCCACUUCCUGCAGUACCAAUAGUGUGUAAGAAGAAGCUUUAUUCUUGUAACAUUUGCGCAGCAGUGGGAAGCUAGGGUAUUACUCCUUGUUAUGUGAAUUCCAUAUACAUAUUACUUUCUCACUUUAACAACUCUCUUUUGCCAUUUCAAAUACAGUUGCAGAUGUGUUUCAAUCCAAUAUGAUUGUACCAUCUAAUUUUACCUUUUGAAAUGGCCCACUAUGUGAUCUGAAAGGGAAUGGUAGAGUGUUAAAGAUUUAGUGUACUUGCUGCUUGUUUCAUUGAAAGCAAAGCAUUUAAAUGUGGUCUGAGUUGCAUUUGCUUUAAAAUCUCCCAGGAAGUCUAGAGGGUGAGUUAUGCAAAUAAUAAACUUUAGAACUUGAAUGAAAUACAAAACCCCAAGCACAUUUUAAGGUUGAACCAGAAGUCAGUGUAGCAAUGCUAGCCUUAUUUUAAAAAAAUGCUUAUUUCUGGCAGUGAUACUCCUUUGAUUGAUGCCUUAGAUUGGGUUUUUUAAAAUGUAUUAGGCAAUGGAUCAUCUACAGUCAUUCAUUGCUGAUUGUGAUCGAAGAACUGAAGUGGCAAAGAAAAGACUGGCUGAAACCCAAGAAGAAAUCAGUGCUGAAGUUGCAGCCAAAGUAAGCAUUUAAGACUCCCACUCUACAAGUCACUCCAUAAUUAUUCUAGCUUGAUUUGUUAAACUAUUAUUUCUACAGUAACUCUUUAAUGUGCAAAAAAUCACGGUAAUCACCCUACCGAUCUCCUUAAAUCAUUUUAGCAAUUCUCUGAGGUUAUUAGAAGUCCAUUUAGCUGUUGACAGGGCCAUGCAGAGAGUUUGUGAUUGAGCACAGGUUUUAGUUUAAGCUUCUCUGAGUUGGAGCCAGUUCUCUGGGCUCUCCUGAUUUUAGCAUUUUAUGUUUUCUCCUAUGUAUUGCAAGCUUUCUUGAAUUGAACUCAAAUGAAUUCGUAGGUUUUGAAAGAAAGUUCAGGGAACUCAAAAUGCAAGAGCAGACUUUGAGAACCUUUUUUCCUGCUUGUAAGAAUUAGGAAUUCAGUGGCUCUUUUCUUAACUGAAAAGAUCUGUUCAAAUAAUACCCACUCCUGUGCCCUAGUCAUCUUAAUUAUUGAGGGUGUUACAUAUAUCUAACUUGGGUACAAGGAAGGAAUAUUAGGUGGUUUUUGGUAUUGGAAGGAACUUAGGCAGUUGUCUCGUGCUGACUCAGACCAUUGGACCAUCUAGCUAAGUAUCGUUUACACAGUGGCUCUCCAUGAUUUCAGGCAAGGUUCUCUCCUAAUUCCACCUAGAGAUGCUGGGGACUGAACCUUCUGCAUGCAAAGCAGUUGCUCUGACAUUGAGAUAGGGCCCUUCCCCAUUUUAUACUCGUGUAAACAUCAGUGGGUUUUUGUUUUGUUUUACUGGGAAAAUACCAUGGACUAAUAAAUUACAGUGAAUAUAAUGCAUACUGAAGUUUUGGGCUACCAUUCUUCAUUUUUUAAGUGUAGUUAAACCUUUUGUCACUUAAUGAUCUUUCUAAAAGUUAUAUGGCUCAAGAUAUGAGAGACCAGCAGCCCAUUUUUGUUCGUAGAUAACAUAGCUGGGUUUUCCUAAAUCUUGGGCGGGGGAGGGGGCAGGGACCAGAAAAAUGCCAGAACCUGCCCAGUGAGGACUGAUUAUGUGCAUUGGCCACAGAAUGCUGAUUUAUUGUUGUGUGUGUAAAACCAGGGUAUGAGGGGGUAUGGAGAGUCCUGGAAGAGAGCAUGAUUGGCUAGCCACCUGGAAUCCUUAACAGAAGUGCUGCAUACUGUCACAUUUUGUUGUAGGUCCUACUUGUGGGUUUAUAUUACAAUGAUUUUUUUGUGCAUUAUUGAAUUCUUGUAAUUGUAAGUCUUACAUUUUCUCCCAUCUUAAAGGCUGAAAGAGUCCAUGAAUUGAAUGAGGAAAUUGGAAAGCUGCUUGCAAAGGUGGAACAACUUGGAGCAGAUGGAAAUGUGGAAGAAUCUCAGAAAGUAAUGGAUGAAGUGGAGAAAGCAAGGGCAAAGAAAAGAGAAGCAGAGGUAAUCUGAAAUUGCAUUCUUUAGUGGUUCAGUUUGGUACAGUAUUUGAAAAUCAUGGUUAAAACACUGGUCCCAAGCUUUCAGUCUAUAUUGUUUAUCAAUAAGUUAAUUCACAACGUUAGCAUAUAGAGAAGUUUUAGAUGGUUACAACUUCAUCUGUUGUCCCAAAAUGUCAAAUAAAUCUAUAUAUGAGUUUAAGAGUUGGGAUUUUAUUUCUAGCUGAUUUCACUUCUUAUCAUGUACUGCAGAAGGAGAAAAUAGCAUGAGGGGACUCGUGCAAUUUCUUUCCUUCUGCGAUGCUGGGUACCUCCAGCUACCACCCAGUUUCCCUUCUAACCUUUUUCUCCGGACGCCUACCUAUUCCCACUAUCUGUUUCCCCCCCCUCUUCCUGUGUCAAUUUUAGAUAGUAAUCUCCUUAUGGUAGGAAAGCACCAUGUGCCUAAAUUGUGCUAUAUAAAGUUGUUAUUAUUAUAUUGGCUGGCUUCUAAGCUGUGUUUGUGAACUCCCACUCCUGGCUUAUGUAUAGAAACAAAUGUAAUUUCAUCAGGAGUGUCAGUUCAUCGUUUUCCAGCUUUUUAACUGGAAAUCCUUAUAAUUACAUUCUAUUUAUGUCUUUUUCUCCUCCUGCCCCCAUGCUCAUACCAAGCAGUUUCUUUAAUCUGUUUUAAAAUCAAAGUUUAUUUCUCCAUUAUUGUUUCGCUUACAGACAAUACACCUAUUCUACACUGGCAGUUCCUUCAAGUUUUUUUGCCCUUCCCUACACCAAGGGGUAUCACAGUGGGCAGAUAAUCAGCAAGUUAUUCUGAUCUUGGCAAACCAAACACUCACUCUAAUUUUGAACCCAAUGUCCCCAUGGUAACAGGCCUGGAGGCAAACAGAGCUGCUGAGAAAGGAUGUGUGUUUGCAAAGAAAAGCUUAAAAGUAGCUAAGAACACGUAAGAGGGCCAACCCUCGUCUCCAAAAAAGCCCUGACCCACUGUGAUUUUGUCAGUGGUCUUUGGCAGCCAAACAAUACUGUGUAUUAGUUGGAAAUCGAAAAACUGGUAAGAGGCAAAUUAUUUAUUAAUUAAUUUAUUUUAAAAUAAUGUAUAUUCCACCCUUCCAAUGUCUCCUAGGGCAGCAAAUGGCACAAAUGAUGAAACAAUUAAAACAUCUUUUAAAAAAAAUUCCAAUACAGAUGCACAGUUGGCCUGUUUGAGCCUCUUGCAAUUUAUAGUACAGCGAAGUAGGGAACGGCUGGAAGCACUAAGAGAGGAGGAUACAUUGCCACAUUUUGUGCAAGUCUAACUUGUUAGAAAUAAUGGCUAUUGUUGCCUCUGCCAUUUGGCAUCAGUUUUAUCCAGGAAGUGUGCAGCAGCCAAGUGAAUAACCAGCAAAGUGUCUGUUUGUGCACAUGAAUAUGCUCUGUAAAAGGGUGGAACUCUUUAAAUCUGAAGCUGCAGGCUUGAAACUGUAGGUUGGGAAAUUAAAAAAAAUGAAAAAUAAAAUUUGCUUUAAUGAAAGUUUAGGCUGGAGCUUGUGCAUAGUACUGGCCUAAUUCAUCACCUGUCCUUUAUUAAGGAAUGGAAAUGCUGGCUUUCUAGCUAGAGAAGGCGCAUUAAAUACUUACCAAGAAUAUGUUUUAUUCAUGCAUUUGAGAUAAAUAUUGUGAUGUCUUUGCAGGAAGUGUACAGGAAUUCCAUGCCUGCUUCCAGCUUCCAGCAACAGAAGCUUCGAGUUUGUGAAGUAUGCUCAGCAUAUCUUGGUCUACAUGAUAAUGACAGGCGGCUUGCUGAUCACUUCGGAGGAAAAUUGCACUUGGGCUUUAUUGAAAUAAGAGAGAAGCUUGAAGAACUCAGGGUAAAUAAAUAUUACAUAAGUACAUUAAUUUUAAUGGAUCUAUUCUGAAUAUGAUCUAGUUGGAUAUCAUAUCAUGCUUAAUAAUGUGUUUGCAUAACUUCAAGUGCUCUUAAGUAGGUGAUGCAACUAAUAAAUUUAAGCAAUAAUCAUAGAAUCAUAGGAUUGUACAGUUGGAAGGGACCCCAAGGGUCAUCUAUUCCAACUCCCUGUGAUUCAGUGUUCAAACUCCUAUUGUUCUAGGUGCAUUUUGCAACAGGAAAUUUCAUUAGCAUGAGCAUUUUCUGAGCUCUGAGUGUGGUACUGUGCCUAAGAUUUCAGAUUACAACUGCAGAGUGGAAGGAAAGGAGGACCCUUUCUGCCUCCCCACUUCCAGCUACCCUCUGAAGACUGCAGAAGAGACCCUCUGAAAAAUAUUAGGAGGGUAGGCAGGGGAAGGACUAGAACAUGUGAAAUGUGAACAUAGUAUUUUAGCUGCAGUUCAUUCAUUUUCAGCUUUGUAUUCUUGUUAUAAAAAAGCGUGCCCGGAUAUUCCGUUGUUUCGCUCAUAACCUAUGUUUAAGGUGCCAUUUAGCUCCUAGCUUUCAUUAUGAGAAAUGGCCUUCCAACCUCUGAUUAAAAACCUCCAAGGAAGGAGACUCCACCACCUUCCCCAAGGAGUCCAUUCCACUGCCAAACAUCUCCUAACCAUCAGAAAGUUCUUCUUGAUACUUACUUGAAAUCUAUUUUCCUGUAACUUGAAUCCAUUGGUUCGAGCCCCAGCCUCUGGAGCAGGAAGAAACAAGCUUGUGACUAGUGAUGUUAAAUUCUCGAGAAUAAUCUUUUGGAGAAUAUCCUCGAGAACAUUCUCAAUUAAUGAGAAUAUUACAGAAUUUUCAUUUAAAAUAGGAGAAUAGUCAUUUUAAUGCAUUGAAAAUGAUAUAAUUAGUUAAUAUACAUGUCUGUUCAUGGGUAACCUUGUUCAGAUGGCAACCAAAAACUGUACAGAUACUUUUAUUCAAUGGGGCAAUGCAGUAAAUUCACAUUCUUUGAUUUUUUUGCACCAAACUUGAAAUUGAUUGUAUAGGCCUCGGUACUUUAAGUGUAUAAAGCAUUUAAGCUACUUUCUGUAAAAAAAUCACACUGUAUGGCCAAGGGUAUAGAAUUGCUAAGAAAAAGGUCACACCAAAAUAGGGGGGAAAGGCUAUUACAUAUAGUUGAAAUACAUACAAAUUCAAAUGUUCAUCAAAUUAAAUGAAUAGCAUUUUUAAAACUAAAAAAAAAAUAAAAAAAAUUCUGUAGCUCACAUUUCAGAACUGAUAGUGGUGAAUAACACAAUGCCCAGUAAUGUAACUGGAUAAAAAAAAAUCCAUAUUCAUUACUUACACUGGCAAUAUCAUAGCUUGACUUACUAUUUACUAGAUUUUUUAAAAUGUGGGUUGUAAAACUGGUUCUUACAUUAGAAUUUACAGUUUGUGGAAAAUAUUCUCUGGAGAAUUUUCUAGCAGAGAAUAUUCUCACCUCACAUCACUACUUGUGACAGCCCUUUAGAUAUUUGAAGAUGGCUAUCAUAUCUACUCUCACUCUCCUCUUUACCAAGCUAAACAUACUCAACUCCCUCAACUGUUUCUCUUAAGGCUUGAUUUCCAGACCCUUUAUCAUCUUGGUUGCCCUCCUCUGCACACAUUCCAGCUUGUCAAUAUCCUCCUUAAAUUGUGUGUCCAGAACUGGACACAGUACUCUUAAGUGCUGUCUGAACAAGGCAGAACAGAGUGAUACUAUUACUUCUCUUGAUCUCAGAACAUUAUACUAUUUUUGAUGCAGCUUAGAAUAGCAUUAGCUUUUCUUUGCUGCAGCAUUGCACUGUUCACUCAAGUUAAGCUUGUGGUCUGCUAUAACCUCUCACAAUAAAUGCAGUGCACAGAGCUUCUGGAUCAAAAAUUUUAAAUAUUGGUCUACACAGAAAAAGAGAACUCAACAUUAAGCAAAAUAAUUUAAAUAUUUGUAAGUGUCCACUAACUGAUUAAAAUACCUUUGGGUGAUUAUUGUAUCUUUCUUUCACCUUCAUUUGAGCUUUCCUGGUGUAUUGACAAGAGAAAUAGAUGUGCCUAUCAGUCUCUCCAACUUUGUCUUUGUUUUUCAGAGAAUUGUGGCUGAUAAGCAAGAGAAACGAAACCAAGAACGUCUAAAGCGUAGGGAAGAAAGAGAGAAGGAAGAAAGGGAAAAGCUGAGGAGGUAAAGCUUGUUAACCAGCUGUUUUAUUUUGAUAAAAUUUCAGAAUAGUUUUAUACUUUUAAAUAUUUUUGUGCUACUGAUUUUGAAAGACACUGAGAGGGUUUUUUGCUCUCAGUGGUGUUACAAAAUUUCUGAAAAAGUAUACAAAAUAGAAAGUGGUCUCAUAACUACAAACCUGCUGGGGAGAAAACUGAAAGCCAAAUGGAACAGCUAAGUGUCAUAGUGCUGCUUGAAAAAUGGAAAUUAUUGCAGCCUGUUUCCACACUUGACUUUCAUAGGGAUAACAAAAGUCUAGCUGCAAUAUUUCCCUUAGACAAUGAUUUAUCCAUUUAAACAUUAACCUUCUUUUUGCUAAAUAUUUUUAUUGCUUUUAAUUUCAGUUAACAAAACAUACCCACAAAGGGAAUACAGAGCUUAAUAGUUGUUCAAGAAGCAUUAAUUUUCUUAUGUUCCCCAUAGGUUUCAUAUUUAUAGCAAAUAAUUGAUUUUAAAAGCUUAUAUACUUGGAAAGGCAACAAUUUUAGUUUUCAUUAACAAUGAAAAAUAGCUGGUACAUGCAUCUGGGGCUGGGGUUGACCUGGAUUUUGUAUUGCUGCUGAGCAUUAGCUGUGCACUUGCAUGCAAAAUGCAUCACUUCAAUGAUGCACUUCCAAAUAGUGUACUUUGUAUUUUGACUUCACAACAUAAAAAUUUACCUGUAUUUUGCACUUUUUUCAGAUCUCGAUCUCAUAGCAAGAACCCUAAAAGGUAGGUUAUAAUUCCUUUUUCUUGUAAAUUUUCACAAACAGAACCAUUAAUAAAUAAUAAUAUAAUCUCCCUGGAGAUUACAAACACAGUCCUAAUUCUCUGCACAAAAAUGAAAUUUCGGUUGUUGACUCCAGCAGAUACAUUCACAAUCUCAAAUGAUUCAUCACCCAACUACGGAGAAAUCUCACUAGAUCUCAUUUUUUAUAUAGUGCCUUUCCGCUUCAUUAGUUGCUGGAAAAUUAGCAUCUUUGGUCCUGCUUAUUAAUGUGUAAAUUUGUGCUAGAAAUCUCAGUUGAUCCUCUGUAGUUAACCAAAGAUUAUGUAGGUCUUCUGUAGAAUUGGAAUUUCAUGAGUCGCUUCAGAUGCUACUGGAUUCACUGUGGCUGUGGGCCAUAUUGUUAUUAGCUAUUGAACAAUCAUUCGAGGCUUAAGAUACAGGGUGAGAGAUUAAAUUGGCUGCUUUUUCAAGCCAAGAGAAAUGUUUAUUUAAACUUAUCAUUAUAUAUAUAUAUACCUCUGAAGUUUACAGUGAUAUUUUUUAAAAAACUAUUAAAGUUAUCUAUUAAAAACAGUUAAAGAGGAACUGGGAGGAACUAAAAAGAUUAAAACCAACACUUGAAAGAAGAAAUAAAACAUAAUUUUAUUUCUUCUAUGUGUCUGGAUAGGCUUGCCUAAACAAAUAUUUUUUAAGCAGGCAUCAAAAGAAAUGUAGAGAAGGCACCUGCCUGUUGUCAAUAAGCAGGGAGUUUGUUGCCUUUGUUUUUGGUAUUUUAGGUCCAGAAGUUCCAGAUUCCUGCAUGACAUGUCCUAGCAUUGAUAUAGAGUGCUUCUGCCUUGCUGCUGUCACACAACGUAGGUAGUUAUUCUUAGCAGUAGUUCAGAACAGCUACAAGGCUUUUCAUCUGCUUCAAAGAGUUCUGCUAAACUCCAAAACUUGCAAACUCCUGUGCAGUACAAUAAGAGAGUGGUGACCCUGUAGGUUCUGUUAAUGGAUUUGCUGGUGGUUCUUUCUCAUCAGCUAUAAAUCUCUUUUCAGGUCAAGAUCCCGAGAUCGCCGUAGACAUCGAUCUCGUUCUUCCUCACGAGAGCGAAAGAAAAGAACUCGCUCCAGAUCCCGUGAGAAACGUCACCGUCACAGGUCUCGUUCCACCAGUCGCAGCAGGAGCCGCAGCCACCAGAGAAGCAGGCAUAGCUCCCGGGACAGGAGCAGAGAACGCAGUUCUAAAAAAAGGUAACAUUUAGGUCAGCAAGAGGAGCAGUUAAUGUCCUCUAUUUUACUAGUUUAUGUUCAGAAAAGUUGGUAGAAACAUUAUUCUGUCUUUGAUGGUAGUUAGUUUAUUCUUAAAUGAGGUACAAGUCCUUUGUCAUGGGCACAAGUUUGAUAAUUUGUAUUUUUAAUGGUUGGAUUAUUGUGUUUAUGUUUGCAUUUAUAUUUGUAAACUGCUUUGAGAAACUUUUGUGAUGGGGGGAAGUUGUAUUUAAUUUGUUAAAAUAACAGUGUUUCUGUCCUUCUUUCCAGGACCUACCACCAGGAUAUCAGUCAUUUCCACAUGCUUAUGUGUAGAGUUCAUUUUUGUAAUAUCUAGAUAGUGCCACUACUUGAACUUUAUUCAGAUGCUUUCUCAAAAGCAUCUUUUCAUUUGAAACCUUUGACUUUACUACUUUGUUUCUUUUACUGUCAGAGUUUAGACUGUAUGCUCCUUGGACAGAUAUUGUCUCUAAGUUCAAGUUGUUUUUUAAUAACCAUAGGUCAACACAAUGAAAGAUAAAAGAACUUACGGUAGUACAAAUCACCUUAGUUUGUAGCUGUUGGAAGCACAUAUGUUGCUGGAAUUAUAUAGAAAUAAUCUGUUGGCAUUGGAUGCUUGGAACCUGUACGCUUCUACCAAUGUGCAAGCUCUUAUCAUCCUAACACGUCAAGUGAUGAGAACAUUGGCCUGGCUUGCACAUAAUGGUAAAUCAUGGUUUAAACCAUGCCUUGUUUGAUCAUUCAAACUGCCCAGCAGCUUAACUAUGGUUUGUUUAGUGCAGUGUUUCUCAGACUUGGAUCUCCAGUUGUUGCUGGACUACAACUCCCAUGAUCCCGAGAUAGCAGGGAUGAUGGGAGUUGUAGUUCAACAACAUCUAGCAACCCAAGUUUGUGAAACAAGCUUGGAUUGUUUUAUCUUCUCUGGGACAAUUUGUGGUGAACCUGUUCAUUAAAUUAUGGCUUAAACCCUUACUGUAUUUAGCAUUACUUGUGAACUAGCCUGUGGCUUGACUUAUCCAAGAAAUGUUUUUGCUCUAAUUGCAGCAUAGUUACAUCAGUUGACCAGUAAUAAUAUUGACUUUGAUGACAUGAAAAUUGACUAGCUGCAACAGUUUGUCUCUUCCCCUUAACUUUAGAAUUAUGAAUGGAAGGAGAAGGCAGUGGAUUCCAGAUGUAGCAAGUGAUCCUAGUUUGACCCCAUAACAUUUUUGUGCUAUGGCUUCUUAAGCUCUGUUAGGCAGUUUCUUGCUGUGCCCUUUUAUGUUCUGUUCAGCCAGUCUCUUUCAUAUUAAUAAAGAAAAUUAAAAACCAAAUCAAGUAAUGUCUGUUUUCAAUGCAUUGUAUUUUCUUUCCAGAUCCUCAAAAGAAAGAGCUUCCAGAGAUCAAGAACGAUCAAGAGACCGUAACAGAACAUCACAUGACAAAGAAAGGAGCCCCAGAGAAAAGUCACCUAGAGACCGAGAUUGCAAAGACAGGAAGCGUUCCUAUGAAAGUGCUAAUGGCAGAUCAGAAGACAGGAGAAGCUCAGAAGAGCGUGAAGCAGGAGAAAUAUAAUUGGCUGUACAUUCACUUGAUCCUUUAGCUUCCUAUGGAGUUGCAUACUGUGGUUUAGUUUACAGUUAUUCAAAGGGACACCAGUGAGCAGUUCCACACACUGAUCCAACUAGGGUAGAUGUACAGUGUAUAAAAAUGGUUAUAAUGAAGUCUGAAUUGACCCCUUUCAGUUGAUGACAGCUAAAGCAGUGUCCUUUUUUCUCUUUUCCAAUAAACUUCUAAAACAUUAUUUUCAAAGAUCUCGCUUCGAAAAGACAACAAUUUUAUGUACCAAGACGUAGAUCUCAAUGUUUUAUUCUCCUUUUUCAAUACAAGUUAUAGUGAACAAACUAUAUUGUGCUCUUUGCCUUGGAUGCAUUCAAACCUUUAUAAACUACUCUAAUUUUCCUCCAGUUGAAACAGCAGCACUGAGUGGUUUUUAGGGAAGGCGGGAGGGCGGGUGGGUCCCAAAGCUUUUAAUUAACUCUAUAAUAUGGUGUUCUCAGUUGCUUCUUGAGAGCCUAGGUUUGGCAGUAUGUUUUAGACGGGAUGUGUGCUGGAGAAAAUUGAAAGUUUUUGGGUUUUUUUACAGUGCCCAUUUAGACUUUGAAAUUGAACAGCUGUUGCAUUUCAUCCUUUUUAUUAAUUUCUAUUGAAACUUUGAAAUCAAAACCAGUCCCAUAUCUCUGUACCACUUGAUUGGUAUGUGUUCAGUAUACUUGGUUCUUUUUCCAUAAGAUUUUUUCUGCUUUUCUUGUGGGGUGUUAACUGCACAUCCUUAAUUGUAAAAAACAACAAACCAAUAAUAAAAUAAAUAAAUAAAUAAAAUAACAAUUUUGUCCCUUGAAGUAGCUGUGUGUUUCCCCACUCCUUCCUCGCAACUAAACUGCUUGUUGAUAAUGUCCAUGCUUUCUAUCAGGUAAAUUGUAUCUGGAACCUGCAUGGUGAUACAUUGUUUUUUACCUGGAUGGUAACACUGUGUUUGAGGUACACAGUUGUAAUAAUAUAUCCCUUUUAUGAAACAGACUAUCUGCAUUUUGAGGAACAGCAACAUCAUGUUGCUUUUACAAUGGCAGCUUCCACUUGGGGAAGUUAAGAUGUUUAUAGAAUUUGCUGUUAGCAUGCCCACACAGACUUGCUGCAGUCUAGUCACAGCUCAAAAAAUUAUUUAUUGCUGAAGAUGUGAUUGGAUGAAUAUAUUCGGUACUCCACAUAUAAAUGUGUACAUGGCCUUCAUUUGUAUUUACAAAUAAACAGAGUUGGAGUUGGAGUUUGAACUGGCACUGUUUCCAUUAGAUUGAGAGAAGCUAUAUAAUUCAAUACCAUCUGUUAACAGUUGAGAAGGUGCUUUUCUUCAGAGCUAAGAGAGUAUAAUAAUGAGGCUUCUCAAAUUGAUUUGAUUUUUGUUUCAGUCCCCUUGCAUCAGCAAAGUCGAGCACGAAACCAUUGUUUAUAUUUUUUUAACUAGUUUGUUUUUAUUACUUUGUAUUUUAUAGUGAUGUUUCCCCAAUAAUUUUUAUUGUUUUUCAUUUAAAUACAAGAACAUAUAACUACAGUAACUUGUCCAGUACUACAUUUUUACUGGGUUUCAUAUGCAGUGAGUACAUAGCACACAGACAAUACGUUUACUUACGUAUUGUCAAUUGAAGUAGUCUCUCCGGAGAGAGUCUUGUGUUGAGAGUGGAAUAAAAGUGUAUUCUGUCUCAUUUAUGGAGGGAAAGAAAGGAAGUCAAGUCUCACCAAAAGUGUCCAUUCUUGAAGUGCUUUUAAUUACCCUUCUGUGAUGAGUAAGACAUUCCGAAAAAGCCACACUCCAAAUAUUUAACCAGAAGUCAAUGGCAAUUUCUGUAGAAUGCUUCCAAAUACUUAAAUCUCUGCAUUUAAGGCUAUUUGAAUUUGGGUCUAAUAAUAUGUUGAGAGCUGAACUGGGUGAGGGGUUGGUGUGUAAUUUUAGAAAUAAUGUGAAACAUCUUUUCCCAAAAGAAGUAUACGAACAUGCAGCUCCACCUUGCGUGAAAAUGUGAGCAUCUCUCUCUGCAGCCUUUCCAGAAUAGAGGAGAGAUAGUGAUUUAUGUUUUGGUGAGAGAGUCCAGUGCCAGCAAAAGGUAAUUUUGAGAGAAGCCACCUACAGAUGAGCAGAGAAAACUCAUAGGGAUGGGUUGUGCCAAAUUGAUUGCCAUUUAUGAUCUGCCACUAUAAUCCCUAAAUUCCCCCACCCUACUGUCUGCAGGCCUCCUGUAUCUCUUGUGUAUUGUUCUAAAAGAAUGCAAUAAAGAUUCAUCUCCUUUUAUGUC